AUGCUCGUGGGUAUCAUCGGACGCAGGUGUGCCGGAAAGAAAACGGUACACAGUUUACUUGUCGAGCGUUUUGGCUUUCUUCCAGCGUACCUGGAACCAGCUGAAAUCGAAGCGAAUCCUCAAGUACGACAGCAACCAGUCUCGCUGGUUUCUGGACAGCCUGCUUGCAACGAUGAGCCGCUAGCAGCCCUGACACUGGAGGCACCGAGCGACUGCUGGCGAUCGGAUAGGUUUUACGUCCUGCCACCAGGAUUGAGCACGAAGCAGGCCAGGGCGCUGAGGAAACGGCCGUACUUUCUCCUCCUAGCUGUAGACGCUCCUGGACUUGUUCGUUUCCGGAGAUGGCAGAGCCAAUGCGCAUCCGAAGGCACAAACUGCAUAGCAUCCGCUUCCCAGAGCAGUGUCCUGGAGUUCCUUCGGCUCGAUGACGCCGAUUACUUUGGACAAGCUGUGACGGAUGCUGGCUGGGAUGCUCGUUGCGAGCACGAGGCCGUGGCGGUACCACGCCCAUCGCCAGACGACCCUGAUGCACUGUGGCGGGCCUUUGAGCUGAGCGACGUCCGUGUCUAUAACCCCACGGACAAUCGUGAGCAGCUUGCCGCAGCGUUGCAGCGUUUGCAGCUUCAGAGACCUGAUUGGCUUCGUCCCGCCUGGGAUACCUAUUUCAUGCGCAUUGCGGAGCUCGCCUCGAUGCGAACGAACUGUAUGAAGCGGCGCGUAGGUGCGGUGAUUGUGCGAGAUCAUCGCGUCAUUGCCACGGGUUACAAUGGUACACCGCGAGGUACACGGAACUGCAACGAAGGCGGCUGCCAGCGGUGUAAUGGUGGAGCUCGAGCUGGCCACGCUCUUGACGUUUGUCUGUGUUUGCACGCCGAGGAGAACGCGAUCAUCGAGGCAGGACGGGAGCGGUGUGCAGGUUCCACGCUCUUCACCAACCUCUGUCCUUGUUUGGCGUGCACGAAGAAAAUCGUACAAGCAGGCAUCCGCGAGGUCGUCUACGGAGCCACGUACGCUAUGGAUACGCGUUCUGCGCGCCUAUUUGCUGAAGCAGGUGUCCGAAUGCGGCACUAUCCGUGCACCUUGUCCAGGGGAAGCAGCGCACCGUUCGAGGUAACCUCCGUAUCUCCCGUUGUCAGCAACCAUUCGACACAAUUGCAGUCCAGCGGAUAG